AUGGAGAGCCGAAAGGACAUGGUUAUGUUUUUGGAUGGGGGACAGCUUGGCACUCUGGUUGGCAAGAGGGUCUCCAAUUUGGCCGAAGCCGUGGGCAGCACGCUGCCGGAGCCGCCCGAGAAGAUGGUGCCCCGCGGCUGCCUGAGCCCUCGGGCCGGUCCCGCGGCCUCCCGGGAGCGCGGCGGGGGAGGCCCGGAGGAGGAGCCGGGGGACGGACCAGCAGGAAGCGCUGCGGGGCCGGGCGCCGAGCCGCGGGCAGCGGGGGCAGCCGGGGCAGCCGCGCUCGGCCCCGGCCCGCCGGCCCCCUCCGCCGCCGACAGCCUCUCGGGCCAGGGGCAGCCCAGCAGCUCGGACACUGAAUCGGAUUUCUAUGAAGAAAUCGAGGUGAGCUGCACCCCGGACUGCGCCACGGGGAACGCCGAGUACCAGCACAGCAAAGGGCCGGGCUCCGAGGCUCUGACCGGCAGUCCCAGCGGCGGCAGCGAGGCCCCCAAGAGCAACGGCGGGGGCUCGCAGGGCAGCCUGGCCUGCAGCGCCAGUGACCAGAUGCGCCGCUACCGCACCGCCUUCACCCGGGAGCAGAUUGCGCGGCUGGAGAAGGAGUUCUACAGGGAGAACUACGUGUCCAGGCCGCGGAGAUGCGAGCUGGCGGCCGCCCUGAACCUGCCCGAGACCACCAUCAAGGUGUGGUUCCAGAACCGGCGCAUGAAGGACAAGCGGCAGCGGCUGGCCAUGACGUGGCCGCACCCGGCCGACCCCGCCUUCUACACGUACAUGAUGAGCCACGCGGCGGCCGCGGGCGGCCUGCCCUACCCCUUCCCGUCGCACCUGCCGCUGCCCUACUACUCGCCCGUGGGCCUGGGCGCCUCCGCCGCCUCCGCCGCCUCGCCCUUCGGCGGCCCGCUGCGCCCGCUCGACACCUUCCGCGUGCUGUCGCCGCCCUACCCGCGGCCCGAACUGCUGUGCGCCUUCCGCCACCCGCCGCUCUACCCGGGGCCCGCGCACCUGGGCGCCUCGGCCGGCGGCCCCUGCUCCUGCCUCGCCUGCCACAGCGGCCCCGCCAACGGGCUGGCGCCCCGCGCCGCCGCCGCCGCCGCCUCGGACUUCACCUGUGCCUCCACGUCCCGCUCGGACUCCUUCCUCACCUUCGCGCCCUCCGUGCUCAGCAAAGCGUCCUCCGUCGCGCUGGACCAGAGGGAGGAGGUGCCCCUCACCAGAUAA